AGUCAGCCACUUCUUCCGAAAAUAGGCAGCAGCUCGCUCCUUUCCACUCGACUCCAGACUCUUCCACCGUUCCACGUCUCCCUCCCCUUGGACUCACGAAAAUGGCGAACCCUUCUCAACCCCGCGUCGCCCUCCUCCUCCCAGUCGCGGCCCUCCUCGCGGCGGCCCUCCUCCUCCCGCUCGCCCGCUCCGACGCCGGCGCCGUCGCCGGAUCCACCCCUACCACCGCGUACGACGAGCUCCGCCUCCGCGGCUUCCCGCGGGGCCUGCUCCCGGCCAACGUCCGCGGCUACACGCUCGACGCCGGCUCGGGGGACUUCGCCGUAGACCUCGUCGCCAGCUGCCGCAUCGUGCUGCCCGCGGGGAGCUACCUGGCCAACUUCAACGACCGCCUCACCGGCCACCUCGACGACGGUCGCAUCUCCGGGCUCAGCGGCAUCAGCGUCAAGGCCUUCUUCCGCUGGUGGUCAAUCACCGGGAUCCGCGCCGAUGGGGACGAGCUCGUCUUCGAGGUGGGAUCCGUCUCCGCCAAAUUCCCCGCUCGCCACUUCAACGCCAGCCUCGAAUGCCCCGCCAAGGCCGACUCUUAGUACUAGUACAACAAGGUUGCCAUUUGUUGUUUUCUGGCACAUAUAUGAAUUGAAGUACCAUGGAGGCAUGGAAUAGUUUCUGAUGACACGACUGAGCAGCAGAAUUGUAUAACAAUGCCUCGACGCGAAGUACCAUGGAGAGUCAUCAUGUCAUAAAUAAACACAUAGUAGUAGUGUUUUUCUUCAUGAGAUUUGCUUGCUAGUAAACAAGUUUGGUUGCUACUCGAUUGGCAUCAAGCUUCUCCACUAGUUCCACUCCCCAUCCUUCCUCUACUACUACCUCCUUAUAUCACUUCUAUGGAUUUUGCUGAAAGAGAACAUGUUACAACUUCAAGCUAUUAUCUGCAUAUAUAACCUUUCUUGGCUUGGGGCUGGAUGCAAUCAGGUUUGAUUUGUAGUGAGCUCAGCAUGGGCAUGCCUAUUACGUUGUAUGAAUUGUCAGCUUUUACGUCA